CAGAAGAAAGCUUUUCAAAACAAUCACUCUUCCGGGUUUGUUCGUUUCUGACGGUGGUCACACAGACCACAUCUCACUGGACUCUGAAGAUAUUCCAAACUGUGUUCUUCCAUCUGGAAUGGAAUGCGUAGAGACAGUUCAUUCACAUUCUUCUCCAAGGCAUUUCAAAAUGGAUCAUGGUCCAAGUAUUAGUGAAACAGCUGCAAAUAAAAGGUCCAAGAUGCACCAAAAACCCUCGGAAUUAUCUGCAGAGCAUAAAUUUCCGACACAGCAGAAAAGGAAAAAUAAAUCAAACACCUUCAAGCUGGUUCCUGAAGAAAGGUCUACACAUGUUUGUGCAAAACAGGAAAACUUGGCUUCUGAAAGUCCUGAUACAUCCACAUUAAAUGAUGAACAGAGCAGGGAUGAGUGUGUAGAAGUGAUCGAGACAAUUGUGAUAACUGAAAAAAUCAAGACAAAAUGUCGCGGCAAGAAGAAGAAACGCAAGUGUCAGAGUUCACAAAGGAAGGCUGAGGACGAGCCUUCAGUGGACAAGUAUGACUGUCAGGAAUCUUCAAAAAAGGAACCUGAUGCUUCUGAGUCAAAACUUGCAAGUCCAGGAAGAAGUAACGAUGGCAAUGCUUCUGCUCUUGUUUCCAGAAACACUUCUCCAUGCUUAGAUAGAAUACCGGCUGAACCUCUUGUGACAAGCGAGGCUGUUAAAGUGAACGAAACACUUUUCUCAGCAGACAUCUCUCUGAGUGGAUCAGUCACAGAAACUCAGUCUACAGACACUGGUGUUUUGAACCUGCCCAGUGAAGACAGUGUUAAACAGAAGAGCUUAUUUCACGAAAAAGACGAAAAACAGGUCACUGACCAGCGACCACGAGAGCCGGAACGUCCAGUAUUAAAUGAGAUGAAGGAACUGGUUUCUGGAGAAAUGCACUGCAAGAAGCUUCACAAGGAAGUGGUGAAACAAAAGCCUCACACACGUAACAGAGUGCCCAAAAUUCUGCAGAACAUUCAAGUGGUGAUUGCACCUGAUGACUCAGAGAGCAUUAUUCUUCGGUGUCGGUUUGGUGGAGUGACCACAGACUCCUCUGCUGUUUGGACAAAAGAAGGGACAGUUCUGGCAGAAGAAAAGAGAAGCACAUGGGAUGAAGGCCAGGUUUCUUACAUGAUUGCCAAAGUGUCCAGCAAAGAUCUGGGAUGGUACCGAUGCUGUUUCAGUAACCAUCACGGAAACACGUCCUCAGAGUUCCACCUUACCUCCGAUGUGCUGAACGAACUUGUCCCCAGUCAUAACCAUACAGUGGAACUUACCGAAGGCGUGGGAGAAGAUGUAAAAUGCACCCCGCUGCUGUUCAGGGAGGACUUCCUAAGAGAGCAGUUCUUUGGGGAGGAUCAGUGGGCCAGCAUCCUGACUGAGGAGGUGCACUUUGGCGAGGGGAUGCACAGGAAGGCCUUUAGAACCAAACUUCUAGCUGGUCUAUUGCCUUUGUUCACCCCUGGACACCCUUGUGUGCUCAAAGUCCACAAUGCCAUCAGCUAUGGGACCAAGAACAAUGAGGAACUCCUCCGCAAGAACUACGACCUGGCCGUGGAGGAAUGUCAUGUGCAGAACACAGCCAGGCAAUAUAUCAAAGCUUACACUGCAGCUGCAAAAUCUGCAGAAGCUUUUGGAGAAGUUCCAGAGAUCAUUCCUAUUUACCUGGUUCAUCGCCCCUCCAAUGACAUCCCGUAUGCCACGUUGGAGGAAGAGCUUCUCGGUGACUUUGUGAAAUACUCUGUCAAGGACGGAAAGGAGAUUAACCUGAUGAGGCGGGACUCGGAGGCAGGGCAGAAAUGUUGUGCCUUCCAACACUGGGUGUACGAAAAGACGGAUGGCAACUUGCUUGUCACUGAUAUGCAAGGAGUGGGGAUGAAGUUAACUGACGUAGGAAUUGCAACCUGCAAGAAAGGGUACAAAGGGUUCAAGGGUAAUUGUGCCACCACCUUCAUUGACCAAUUCAAAGCCCUCCAUCAGUGUAACAGGUUCUGCGAGAUCUUGGGCCUCAAGUCUCUGCAAGUACGCCAGCAAAAGCCUAGACGAAAAGUAACUGUGGCCAUUUCAAAGAGACAGCCAGUGGCCAAAAAGAAUGUGUUCCCUCCAACCCUCAAGAACACAUCCUGAUGAUCAAGGGAUGCAGAAAAAUGCAUGUUAAGGCAAGUACUGGAUUUCUGUAUGAAUGGCUCCUAAAAAAAAAAGUUAUCUGAUCUUCAUAUAAGCCAUAAUAACGAAGAGUCUUAUUUAACAAACGACACACACAAAAUUUGACAGUGGCAUACCUUUAUUGAACAAAUGGAUUAAACAAUCAUGGUCAUCUAUGAAAAAAUUGUGUGGCCCCUUAUAUUAAGUAACUAAUAGAACCUCCUUUACUGGCAAUAAUUUCAACUAAAUGUUUCCUGGAGCUGCUGAUCAGACCUGUGCAGCAGUUAGGAGACAUUUUGGCCCAUUUCUCAAUACACAACUGUUUCAGUUCAUGUAUUUUUUAGGGAUGUCAUGAUUGAAAAGCCUGCUACAGAUCACUUCAGAGCAUUUCAAUGUGACAGGUCAGGCAUGGCCAUUCUAAAAUACAAAAUUUCUGAUGUUUGAGCCAUUCUGUUGUUGAUUUACUCUUCUGUUUUCAUGCACCAUUACCCAACUUACUUGGAGUUUUAGAGAUCAGACAUAUGUUGGACAUUCUGAUGAAAAAUUUCCCGAUACAACUUGGAAUUCAUUGGUCUGUCAAUGACUGCAAGCCAUCCAGGCCCUGAAGCAAUAUUGCAGCCCCACAUCAUUAUACUCCCUCCACAAUUCUUCACAGUUGGGAUGAGGUUUUGAUGUUCUGUGCAGGAUUUUGUUCUCUUCCAACAUAACACUGUGUAUAUUUGCCAAAAAGUUCAACUUUUUUUUUUGUUUUGUCUCAUCUCCAACAUUGUUGAAGUUAUGCUGUGGAAUGGCCACGUGGUCUUUAGUAAACUUUAAAAAUGGGCAGCAAUGUUUUUUUGGACAGCAGCUGUGGUAGUCUCCUAUGUAGGCCACUCUUGUUCAACGUUUUUCUUCUGGUAGACUCAUCAACACAGACUUGUAACUGCAAGAGUGUGAGGGGUGCUUCCAGAUUCUUAGCUGUUAUCGUGCGUUUUUUGUCACUUCUUUGAGGAUUGUAUCACUGUUUUUAUAUGGCAGAGCAGGUCGAACCCUGACCGCAAUUGAUUGGAACAACUGACACAUUGCUUGGGAUACAUGACACCAGUUACCGUCUUUUUUCCAAGAUGUCAUUAUCUUAGACGUUCACAUAGUUUUUCCAUUAAAUACCCUGAUUUUUUAAAGAUCCUAAUCAUUUGUUCAACAAAGACAUGAAAAUGUAUAAUAUUGUGCGGGCUGCUUGUUAAAUAAAACUAUCUUUAUUAUUAUCACUUUGAUCAGAUCACAUUUUCAUUCAUAUAUAAAUCCUGAUAAAUUUAAAGGGUUCAGAAUUUUUUCAUAACUGUAUAUAUUUCAGACCAUGAAAGAUUGCCUUGAUAUCACAAAUAUCGAAUAUGUGAACGUAAAACAUCCAACCAUACAUGGUUUCCUUUUUUGUAAGCAAAUCAAUAAAACAAGGAACGCAAGUACUGAAUAAAAGUCUUGCU